AUAAUAGUUUCAUUAUAGUUUUUUAGACGUUUUUAUUUAGGCAUCAUGCACAGAAGAGGAGUCGGAGCUGGAGCGAUCGCAAAAAAGAAACUUGCAAAUCGCAAAGUAUAAAGAGAGAUGUACUGUCCUUGCUGAGGAUCAGAUUGCGCAGAUGUCAAAACAACUGGAGACCUUUAAGACCCAUCUGGAAGAGUUUGCCAGCAAGCACAAACAAGAAAUCCGCGAGAACUCUCAGUUCAGGGUUCAGUUCCAAGAGAUGUGCGCCACUAUAGGAGUUGAUCCACUUGCGUCUGGAAAAGGAUUUUGGUCUGAGUUGCUUGGUGUUGGAGAUUUCUACUAUGAGCUUGGUGUACAGAUCAUUGAAGUCUGUUUAGCUCUAAAACACAGAAAUUGUGGUCUCAUCAUCAUGGAUGAACUUCCCCACCGCGUGUUGAAAGGAAGAGGGAAAUUAGCUCAAGAUGUGAGCCAGGAUGACUUGGUGCGGGCCAUCAAGAAGCUCAAGGCUAUGGGAAAUGGCUUCGGGAUGAUUCCCGUUGGAGGCUCUAAUCUAGUCCAGUCGGUCCCAGCUGAGCUCAACAUGGAUCACACUGUUGUCCUUCAGCUAGCAGAGAAAAAGGGCUACGUGACAGUGAGCGAGAUCAGAGACAGCCUCAAGUGGGAGAGAGAGCAGGCCUGUCAUGUCCUUGAUCACCUGCUGAAAGAAGGCUUAGCAUGUCUGGACUCCCAAGCUGUUGGGGAGCCACAGUACUGGCUGCCUGCUCUGUUCUCAGAGCUGUUAUCUCGAGACAUUCCGCCUGAGGAGGCCAACCAAAUGACACUUUGAGAAUAAGACAUUAUUUUGUAAAUACACUCUUGUGGUGAAACGGAUAGAGACGAAGGUCAGAAAUGUUGAUGAGUCAAGUUUGUUUGCGAGGAAAACAGUGUAAAUGGAGAAUAAAAGCAUCUAUUUAGUCACAUUUUUCACAAUAUGUUUAUUAUUUCAAUACUUGAUUAACCAUUUGAGAAAGGUUUGGAUAAAUAAUAAUUAAUAAAAAUAAA